GGUCAUCUAUAAUCUACCUCUUGAUAUCUUGAGUUUAAAUCAAUUGCCUUUUAGUUUAUUAGUCAUGGUUGUAGUUAGUUGGGUCCUUUACUAGUCAUGGUUGUAGUUAGUUUUGAUCAAAUGGUUGUAGUUAGUUUUGAUCAAGGGGACCCGAAUUUCCUGCAAUAGAAGUUCACGCGGUUACACGUAGUAAUGAAUCUCUGCCAUUGACUUCAUAUUAGAAGGCUCAAAUUAUACAAUUGGUAAAUUAAUUUUAAACAAUCUCGACCAUUGAUUUAGAUUGGACGAUUGAGAUCUGUAAUUGCACUAGGGAAUUAAUUUAUGAGUUCAAGGGCUAUAAGUACACAUACCUAUUGAUUGUUUUCUUUGUCCUUCUAUCUCUUACCUAAUUACGGUUUGGGGGAGGUUGAGACCACAUGGGGGAAUUUAAGAGCCUAAAUGUCAUGAACUUGAAAAGCAGGUGAGUGAGAUUCUCUUUUAGCUAACAAAUCCUUAAAAGUUCUGUUUAAUCACUUGCUCUCAUCAAAAGCAUAUCAAAUGCCAAGAUCAAGGGGAUCUGAUUUGCCUCAGAGGCAGUCACCAAGAGGUACUCAUCUGCUUCGAACAUCGAGUUCUGACUCAGACCCAUUGCAUCAUCGACUGAUAGCUGACCGAAGUCCAAAGCUAGGAAACCGACGUUCUUCAAGAGGUACUACUCAAUCUGAGACAGUGAAUCAGAAGAAGCUAGGAACUCGAAUCGCAGAUUUGGAAUCGCAGCUCGGUCAAGCACAACAAGAGUUGAAAAAUUUGAAGGAUCAGUUAUCUUCUGCAGAAGCUGAAAAGAAAAAAGCUGAGGCUGAACUAGUGAAGAAAGAGAAAUCUCAAGAAAAGAAAAGCAUUUCAAAGAAUGCUCAAGAAUGUAAUACCAAAGCUGAAACUAAACACCAAGAUGUUAUUAUAGCUGAUGAUAAUCUACAAGAGACUGAUGUUUUUGAAGUUUCGAUUGAAAAGUUGGCAAUUGAAUUCAGAAAACAUGAAGAACAAUUACAACAGGAAACUCAAAUUGCACUAGAAUUAUCAGAGCCAGAGAAGCCUAAUGUGGAUGAAAUGACACUGAAAAAUGACGAAAUUGUGUUGUUGAAAUUGAGUUUGGAAGAGAAAAAGAAGGAAUUGGAAUCAAUGAGUAAUGAAAAUGAUAAUCUGAAAAAUCAACUGAAUGAAGCAGUUUCAAAAGUAACAUCUUUGGAAACCAAGGAAGAAGGAAUGACAUUGAAAUGGAAGCAAUUGUGUGAAGAGUUGGUAGAAAGUAAAGGGAAUGAAGAAAAGUUGAAUGAGAAACUGAAAUCUGUGAAAGAAGAAAAGGAAGGGUUAGAAUCCGAAAUGAAGAAGCUAAGGGUGCAGUCAGAACAGUGGAGAAAAGCAGCUGAUGCUGCAGCUGCAGUUCUUGCAGGAGAGAUGGAUAUGAGUGGUUCAAUGGUUAAGCAUUUUGGUGGAACAUUUGAGACACCUUGUGGUGGAAAGUACAAUGGAUACAUAGGGUCUCCUGGUUUGGUUGAUGACUUGGAUGAUGGUUUUGUUGGUGGAAAAAAGAAAGGUUCUGGUAUUAGAAUGUUUGGUGAUUUAUGGAAGAAGAAAGGCCAAAAGUGAUUGAUGUCCCUAUUAUUUAGUAAUAGCUUGUUUGGUUACACAUUUCAUUUACAUAUCUCAGGUCCCGAUGUUGUCUCGACAUGAAAUUUCUAAAGCUUUGAACUAAUCGUGCGUUACUGGCGUUUUGGACGAGUUUGGAUUGUUGGUGUGUUUGGCAGAAUCAUGAUACACUGAGAAACUCUCUACGCUAGUGAAUUUGUAAAAAUGGCAAUUUCCAAACAUAAGUGAAUUAGUAGUAUUUUAACUAUGGUAUAUGUUUAGGUGGCAGAUUAAGCUGAAAAACAAAAAACAUUGCUUACUGUUUUUAUGGUAACUUGUUUAGUUGUUUUGAGUUGUAUUUUAUUGCAUGAUCAGUGGAAGGUAGUGUCAACUUUGAAAGAUGGUUAAUGUGAUUUUUUGUUUUUAACUGAGAUGAAGGGAUUUUUAGCAAAUUUUC